GAUCUAAGACGGUCACAGAUGGCACACUUUGUUGUUUGCGGGUCGUCGAAAAUGGCAGUGUCUCCGAUCUUAUAUUUAAUAGUCUUUUAACUUUGUCUCUGUUGCGAAUAAAAAUGUUUUUUUGUCAGUGUUCCUCUUUUGUUUGAUACAAUGUCAGAUUCAAAUUCACCUAAAGCAGAUUCAAGUAAUCCUAGUCCCUUGGGUAACUUACGGCAAUUCCGUUUUCAAAAGAAAGUGAAAAGAAUAAAUAUGUCUGAUGAUGACAGUAAUUUAGUAACUCCUGACAUACAAUCACACCGAAGACCUGUCAAUCGUAUUGAAGAUAGUGACAGUGAUAUUGGAAGCCCUGUCAAAGUAAAUGCUACAAAUUCAGAAAUAGAAAAAGAAUCUGAAGAUAAACAGAAGGAAGUAAAACUCAAAUAUUUAACUACAUUAUAUCCACAAAAUGAUACAGUUUAUAUACAAGAAGUACUUAAUAAUGUUAAUUGGAAUAUCGAAGAAGCUGAAGACAUCGUUAAAAAAAACAGAAAACGAAGUUUAAAAGGAUCCAGUAAAAGUAGCUAUAAAAAGCGUAGAAAAUUAAAUGUUGAAGAUGCCGAUGUAGAUUCAGAUGAAGUAAAAUAUAAGGACAAAGUAUUUAAUAGUGAUGACGAUUCGGAUGCAGAAAUUUCAAAUGAUUUAACUCAUGAUAAAAAAGCAGUUCUGGAAUUCAUGCGAACUGCACUACUUUCUGAAUUGCUUUUGAUACCACAAUGUUCUCAAAAAAGAGCAGAAGCGGUAAUGGAAGCAAGGCCAUUUGAAAAUUGGAGAGAUCUGGUUUUGAAAUUUCAAAAUAAUAAGUAUUUGGAUACAGAACUUUUAAAUUCAACUCAGGAAUUAUUGGCUACAAGACAAGUAAUAGAAUCUCUUAUGAAAAAAUGCAUUCGUUUGUCUACAAAUCUGGAAAAAGCAGUUGCUGCUGGUGCAUCUACUAUAAAACAGCAACCAAGAGGAUUGUCACCGAGAUUAACAUUAGCGCCAUAUCAAAUGAUUGGUUUAAAUUGGCUUGCAGUUAUGCAUGCCCAAAAUGUAAAUGGUAUACUUGCAGAUGAAAUGGGAUUAGGAAAAACUGUUCAAGUAAUAGCUUUUCUUACAUAUCUAAAUGAAGCAGGACUUAACGAUGAAAAAGAUGGACCUCACUUAAUAGUUGUUCCAAGCUCAACAAUGGAAAAUUGGUGUAAUGAAUUAGAAAGAUGGUCACCUGGUUUAAAAGUUGUUCAAUAUUAUGGUUCUCAAGAUGAACGUAAAGAAAUGAGAAUGUCGUGGCGAAAUGGUGAUCUUGAUGAUGUAGAUGUUUUAUUAACUACUUAUAAUUUGAUCAGUAGUACUCCAGAAGAGCGUAGAUUAUUUCGUGUUAUGCCAAUACAUUAUGUAGUUUUCGAUGAAGCUCAUAUGCUUAAAAAUAUGAGUACUAUUAGAUAUGAAAAUCUGGUUAGAAUUAAUGCUAAACAUCGUAUUCUUUUAACUGGUACCCCAUUACAGAAUAAUUUACUGGAAUUAAUGUCUCUUUUGAUAUUUGUAAUGCCUUCUUUGUUUGCUGGCAAACAAGCAGACAUAAAAAGUUUAUUUUCAAAGAAUUCUAAAAUGUCAUCAGACAAAACAAAUAAACAACCCUUGUUUGAACAACAACAAGUUAAAAAUGCAAAACAAAUAAUGCGCCCUUUUGUCCUUCGGCGACUUAAAUCAGAGGUUCUUUGCGAUUUACCUGAAAAAACGGACGAAGUGAUACGAUGCACUUUGACCAAGAAGCAAGAUCGUAUGUAUAAAAAUUUAGUUGAGAAAUUCUCUGUUGAAGCUAAUGAAAGCGCUGAAGUGAAUGGAGUUGGUAUGAUGAUGCAACUAAGGAAACUUGCAAAUCAUCCACUCUUAGUUCGAGAUUAUUAUAAAGAAUCACAGCUUAAGAAUAUAGCAAAAAAAUUAGCUGCAGAGCCUGGAUAUAAACAAAAAAAUCCAGAUUACGUAUUUGAAGAUUUGUUCUGGAUGUCUGAUUAUCAAAUAAAUCAGUUAACACGAAUAUAUAAAAGUUUGGGUGGAUUUGGAUUACCUCAAGAAUUUAUACCCGAAGCUGGCAAAUUAAAAAAACUAGAUGAACUCCUACAAAAUUUAAAAGAAAAUAAUCACAGAGUAUUGAUUUUUAGUCAGUUUACAAUGGUAUUAGAUAUUUUGGAAGAAUACUUAACUAUUAGAGGACACAGAUAUUUAAGAAUGGAUGGAAGUACACCUGUAACGGAAAGACAGUCUCUUAUAAAUGAAUACACAGAAGACAAUAGUAUAUUUGUAUUCUUAUUAUCUACAAAAGCAGGUGGACUAGGUAUUAAUCUAACAGCUGCUGAUACCGUUAUAAUUCAUGAUAUAGAUUUCAACCCAUAUAAUGAUAAACAGGCAGAAGACCGUUGUCAUAGAGUGGGUCAAGAAAAACCCGUACGUAUACUAAGACUUUUGGGGCAAGACACUAUAGAGGAAGGCAUGUAUGAAAUAGCUCAAGAAAAACUUAAUCUUGAGCAACAGCUUACUGGUAGUGAAGAAGGGGAGAAUACAGAUAAAAAAAGUGUUCUAAAAUUAUUAAAAAUGACACUUGGACUGGAUCCACACAAUAGAUCAUUAUCAUUAUCACCAACAAAAAAUUCUAAUAAAAUACACAGCGAACUUGUAGAAAAUCAAGCAGAUAGUGAUAUAGAAUUUUGAUUAAUACGUUUUUCUGUAUGGAACAGAAUAAUAAUUUAUAAAAGGCAAUGUAUCGACGCACAUCAAAGAAGAGGCAUAUUUAUAUCAAUGCAUUUUGUAUCAACACAAUGUCACUUAUAGAAUUUAUAUAUAUUAUUUAAUUUCUAUAAUACACUUUUGUAGGGUAGCUUUCCAGGAA